GGGGCUGCCGGUUGCUAUGGGAGCUGCGGGCUAACAGCGUCCUUCGCGCUGCCUGUCCCGGGGCGCGCUGCAGCCCCUCCAGCGCGCGCGCGCGCCUGAGCCAUGCCGCCCGACCGGCUGCUCCCCCCUGGGAGAAAGCAUUCCCUUUGAAGAAGAUUAGCUUCAGUUGAUCAAGGAUGUCUUUGACAGACAAAAGACUUGAAAAUUUGCAGAUUUAUAAAGUUCUCCAAUGUGUUCGCCAGAAAGACAAGAGGCAGAUCGAGAAGCUGACCAAACUUGGAUUCCCAGAACUCAUUAAUUUCACAGAGCCUGUCGAUGGAGAUAGUGCCCUUCAUUUGGCGUGCAUCGCAAAUGACAUAGACAUGUGCAACUUCCUGCUGGAGCAAGGAGCUCAUCCAGAUGUUCAAGACCGAAUGGGACGCACUCCUGCAAUGAAAGCCGCCGAGCUAGGACAUGACUUAGCCUUGGAUAAACUAGCAAAGGCCGAGGCAGACAUGACCAUGGUUGAUAAUGAAGGAAAAGGCAUUUUGUUUUACUGUAUUUUACCUACGAAACGGCACUGCCGCUGCGUUCAGAUUGCUUUAGAAAACGGCGCAGAUGUUAACAACUGUACUAUUGAUGGGAAGCCAGUAUUCCUACAAGCCUGUGAACAAGCACAUGAGAUUAAGGAAAUAUGUCUGAAAUUUUUGGAAAGAGGAGCAGACCCCAAUGCGAUAAACCUAGCUACUGGUCGCACUGCCUUAAUGGAAGCGGCAAGGGAAGGCGUGAUAGAGGUGGUGCGUGGCAUACUUGAAAGAGGAGGAGAUGUUAACGUCUUUGACAACGAAAGACACAAUGCUGCACAUUUUGCCGCCAAGGGAGGCUUUUUUGAGAUCCUAAGAAUUAUUUCAGCUUAUAAUGGAGAUGUGGGGCUCAUUGCUAUGAAUGGGAACACGCCACUUCAUUACGCUGCUGCUGGGGGUUUUGCGGAUUGCUGUAAAUUUAUAGGGCAAAGAGGCUGUGAUCCUAAAUGGAAGAACCUACUAACAAAGACCCCAAGAAUGACUGCCAAAGAAGGUGGUUUUAAAGCAGCAUCAAAGGAACUGCGCAAAAUUGAACGACUCCAUGCUAAAAUCUCCAAACCUGGACCGAAGGAAGACAAUCCACGCUGGGCGAUGAAGUUGCAUGAUUGGUCCUUAGAACACCAGACAGCCCUUCGUGAGGCAUUUGAGGUGGUGGACAGAGGUGAUGGAACAAUAAGCAAAGAUGAUUUUGCAUCAAUUAUUCAGGAGAAGUGUGAUUUUGUGGAUGCUGAACUAAUACAAACCGUUGCCCAGGCACAUGAUAAGUCUCGUGCUGGGGGGAUUAACAUUGAAGAGUUCUUUAAAGGUUCCAAAUACUUGCAAAAAGCCUAUCUUAUUUCGUCUUUUGGACCCAAAAAGAAGAAAGGGAAGAAAGGAAAAGCCAAGAAAGGCAAGUUCUCCAUCCCCGUGCCCAUCUGCGUCAUUCCAGAGAGCUUGUACCCACGCCGAAUAGACGGCGGGCCCCCUAUGUACAUGAUUGAGACCUAUCAGAAUGUGACGGAUGGUAACCGCUUUAAUCGGGAUCACCCCCCUGAACAUCCUUUGCAGGAUGACUCUGCGUGGUACAUUGAUGAGCCGGAGAAGACUUACACCAAGAUUAACUAUCUUACUAAAGCAGGAGACAUUGUGUCACUGAAAAAAGCAUUUGAAGAGGGGGUUCCAGUGGACAUUAGAGAUGUAUAUUAUAAAACUCCUUUGAUGGCUGCAUGUGGAAGUGGAAACAUGGAUGCCGUGAAAUAUCUUCUAGAGAAGGGGGCUGAUGUAAAUGCAACUGACAAUUUCAAGUGGACUCCUCUGCACCAUGCCUGCCAUGCAGGUCAACAGGACAUUGCUGAACUGCUUGUGAAGUCUGGAGCAGCGAUAGAUGCCGUUACAAUCAACAGUGCCACCCCACUGAUGAGAGCUAUUGAGAGCUGUAGACUGGACUCAGUGCAAUAUUUAAUUGAUUCUGGUGCGAAAGUCCAGAUGGAAAACAGAAAAGGCCAAAAUACUUUGGACAUUGCAAAGGCGUACGCUGACUUUAGAUUAAUUGACCUGCUUCAAGAAAAACUGGACCGUUUGCCAAAACCACCAGAAACCAAAGCAGAGAAAGGGAAGAAAGGGAAGAAAGCUGGCAAGCCUAAACCAACUGCUAAGCCCCCGCGGGGGGAGGCUGAAGCUGCAAAAGAGGAGCCACCUCCACCAAUCGUAGAAAAAUCUAUUUUUGAAGAAAAGAAAGAAUCCCUUAAGGACAAUGUUAUUCAUCUGAAUUCUUUAAUAACCAGUGGAGCUACUAAGAAAGUUGAUAUCACAUUCACACCCAGAAAAACUUGGAGCCCGGAAGCGACAACAGCCAGUCUAAUAAGAAAGCGGGAAUUGCAUCGUGAGCGCUUUACUUAUGAGGUGGACUUUGAAGACUUCAUGAUGCCAUUUAAGAAGAAUUUCAUGGGAAAAGCCCGUGCGUUAGAAAUGGCGUCUUAAAUUAAUUCAUGCCGUUCUGUGCAUCAAAGUUCAGAAAGGGCUUAAAAGCAGAGGCUCCUUUUUUGAAGACAGAAUCAUGUUACCCUUAUUUAAUGCCCCUCAAUUAUGAUAAAAUUGUAGAAAAACUUUUUUUUUCUUUGUACAAUUAUGUAGUUUCCCUGUAGUUAAGGGCUUCAUCUUAUAAGAGGCUGACCUGCACCAAGAUUCUAGAAUCCUCAAAGGAUCAGGCCCUGAUUGACCAGUGUAUGCAGACUCUAGUUCCAUAAAACGAUGCAUCCUUUUUAAUUUAUAAACAUAGGCACCGUUGGCUACAGCGUUAUGCUGCCAUAUUCUUGGACACAGGGCGAGACUCAUCUAAGGGCAAGUAGGUUUUUCUUUAUCCUUCUCUUAUUAGGAUAUUUUUUUAAACAAAGAACAGGUUAAAUUGCAAGCAGGAUAAGUCCUCUAUUGGGAUGCUCUUAGCCAGUGCUACGGGACAGUCGGGAGGAAAGCCUCAUCCGCCAGAGAGGUAGAUGGCAUCGUUCCUAUUCGUUAAAAUUUGAAAAUAGAUGAGUAAUGAGUAGUUCUGGUAUUAAUUGCUGAACUGAUAUUUUCAUAUCCCAUCACACACACUUGCAAAAUGGACAAAUGCAGGGAUUCGCUCAGUAUUGCUUUACUCCAGUUCUGAGCCAGUGCACCACACACACGAGGCUCAGGCCGCUGGUAUAUUUUCAACAAACUUGCCAGAAGCUGAGACUGGAUGAUGGUGGAUGGAUCCCUUGAAAUUGCCCUUUUCUGUUCAUUCCCUCUGGAACAUCUGGCACUGGCCACUAUUGGAAGACAGGAUACUGGGCUAGAUGGACCAUUGGUCUGACCCAGUAGGGCCGCUCUUAUGUUCUUUCAAAAAUAAUCACCAGUAUUUGGAGUGUAGUUUUGCUCUCCUGGGGCUUGAUACAGGGCCUUUUGAAGUUAAUGGAUGUCCUAUACUCAAGGAAUGAAGGCCAGUGAAUAUUGUCCCUACCUUAGAAAUGGGGCUUAGGAGUGAUCUUGUGAAUUAUAGACGGGGGGGUCUUGUUUUAGCACCAGGAAAACUGGUUGAAAACAUACUUAAAAAGAGAAUUAAAAGACACCUUGUUUGUUUGAAGAUGAAAACGCCCAACCUGAUGUUAUGUGUCAUUUAAAUAGUACAUAAAUUUUCCAUAGGGCAUAAAUAACCAGUGGAACUCCCCACUACUAUAUAUCUGAGGACAAUAACUUAGUACAAGAUGUAGACAUUAAUAUGGAUUAUGAGAACAGCCAUAGUUACUUUAGACAUGACUUUUUUAUAUAUAUAUAAGGGAUACAAACUCUCAUGCUUCAGAGCCUAAGCCAAUUACUAGUUGAAUGUGUUAGGAAGAAAGUUUCCUUGUGGCUAGGUUAUUCUAUAAUUUUCCAUUGCAGAGAUGCUGGCAUCUCCCUCAGAAGUAUGUUUCUGAGACAUGAUACUGGACUAGAAGAACCAUUGGUUUGACCUACUGUGACAAUUCUUGUAUUUAUAUUUGUGUCUCCAUGAUUUCUAGAUCCAGUUUUUUCAGUUUACAAGGGUGAAAAUAUUUGGGUUUUUUUCUGUCAGUCCUGCCAACUCUACAUGGAAUCUGAGAGUCAAGCUGGGUUCUUUCCUUCGUGUGCAUUAUCCCCAGUAAUAAAGAUUCUGCAGACCAAAUUCUGCCCUCAAUGACACCUGUGCAGCCACAUUGCCCUUAAUGGGUGUGCGCAGGCACUGCUGAAGAUAGCAUGGACUUCAGUGGGAGCUUUGCCUGAGUAAAGACUGCAGGAUUGAGACUUUAAUAGUGGUGGUACUGUACACUUCUCUACCCAUGCCUCUUACUGGCCCAGUUACCCGAAUGAGCCCAAUGCUUUUUACCCUAAAAUUGCAUGUAGGACGAUAGACGUACUAUUCACUGAUAUGGAGACAGAAACUUGAAGCAAAUGACUUAGACACCAUUUGUUAUGAAAAUAAUUCUUAAUGAGCUAUGUGCUUGACAUUUGAAAAUGUUGGGGCCAGGUUCCCAGCUAGUGUAAAUGCACAUAGUUCCAUUGACUUUACAUCAACAGAGACCUUGUGCUUCCUUUCUUUUGAAGAUGAAUACACCCAGUGCAAUAUUAUGUGCAACUUAAAAUGACCUUAUUUAACAUAUAAUUAUUUAGAAUAGAAUUGGCAUCUUAGCCCUGAUGAAAAUUCUCAGGGCAAGAUGCUUAGCGUGGAAGAAUGUCCCAGUACUACUGGUAUUGUAGUUUGUAUAUUUCAGAGUAAUGGAGGUCUUUCAAGGGAAAUAGGGUGUCCUGGGUGGACAUAAGUUGUUUGGGGAUUCUCACUAUAUGGGCAUGGUAUCUUUGGCCUGGUCCACACUAACCCCCCACUUCGGACUAAGGUACGCAAAUUCAGCUACAUUAAUAACGUAGCUAAAUUCGAAGUACCUUAGUCCGAACUUACCGCGGGUCCAGACGCG